AUGGUCCUGCCCAAGAUUAACCCCACAAAGUCCUAUUGGAUCGAAGCUGCCGAGUCGCCUUUGCGCAACUUUCGAUCAAGCGAAUUGUUACCAGCGGAAACCGAUAUAGCAAUCAUAGGAUGCGGCUAUGCUGGCGCGUCCACAGCUUAUUGGAUUCACAAGUAUACGGAGAACAGCCCAAAACAGCCCAAAGUAAUUCUGCUUGAAGCUCGAGAGCUCUGUGGUGCUGCAACGGGAAGGAACGGAGGACAGUUAAGACCACACCUUUAUUCUAGAUAUCCCAAAUGGUCCAAACAAUGCGGUCGCGAUGGCGCAAUGGAUCUCAUCAGACAUGAAUUCGCCCAUUUGUCUGCGUUUAAAGAGCUUGCUGAAGAGGAAGGAAUUACUGAAGAAGUGUGUCUCAAGUUUGUAGAGACCUUUGAUGCUGCCAUGACUGAGGAUGCAUGGGCACGACUAAAAGGCGCGUUGGAAGCUAUGCGGAAAGACCAAGGGGAAGACAACGAGAUCGUCAAGUUAUGCAAGCUCAUCGAGGACCCGCGCCAAGCAGAAGAAUUUUCGCAGAUGAAGGGAGCUCUUGGGGCGAUAACACAUCCUGCCGGUCAAAUUUGGCCAUACAAAUUUGUGCAUGCGCUCUUACGCAUCGUUUUGGAGAAGGGGAAUCUGAAUGUGCAGGCACACACGCCUGUUGAGCAAGUUUCAGAACGGGAUGACAAUGGCUGGAUCACCGUCACGACUGAGCGGGGUAGUAUCCGUGCCAGGACAGUAGUGCACACAACCAACCGAUGGGCAUCACACCUCCUGCCCGAAUUUACUAAACUCAUUGUACCGGACCGGACCAACAUCGCUGCUAUAAAGGCACCCCCGAACUUUAUUAAGCAUACCGGUGCUCAGCACUGGGAUUGCGUCGUCAACAACUACCAUCUUCAACUCCCUCCACCUUACAACACCAUCAUCUUUGGAGGAUCCAGGCAACUCCUCUGUCACAUGCCAGAAGAAACCCUUCUAAGCGAUGACAAUGACCGACAGAUUGUCGGAACGCCUCAAUUCGCCAGAACUUGGCCUGCUUCAGACAUUGCAAACUGGCCUGGUCCAGCCGUCGCGGAGCUUAGCUUGGAGGACAACGAAGGCGGCUCGUGGACGGGUGUACAAACCGAAAGCGCAGACAAGUUCCCUUUUGUCGGUCCCGUACCAUCUCGUGAUGGACACUAUAUGGCGGCGGGCUUUGCUGGACACGGCAUGCCUCGCAUUCUACUUACAGCUGCCCACAUCGCGCCUAUUGUGAUUGAGUCUAUUGGCUUUGAACACAGUCAGCCGCAUCUCGCCGCGGCGUAUCCCCCACUGCCGAAACCAUUCCAGGUCACAGCCGAGAGGAUUGCGAGGCUUCAGAAUACUAACCUUGAGGCGUUUGCGAGGGAUUUCGCAGCACAAUGCAACGCGAGUGCGAAGAAGCCGUUUGCUAAUACUCCGCGGGUUCUUGUGGCACUUGGUGGUAAGAAAUUUGAGAGCUUGCCUGUUUAUCAGGAGACUGCUAGCUUGUAG